AUGACUAUCACACUCAGUCGACCGUCCACCGUGGAUCUGCGGCAGCCUGGAGUUAUUGGCCGUAGUCACGGACCCUUGGCCGCCGAGGUCAUCCCCAUCGACGAUAAGCAGAGAUUCCUCCCGGCCAGUGCUGGUCCUCCAUCUCCAAUGCAUCGCGUACCAACUCUCGACGGAUCGCAUGGUCCGCCCAGUGCGCCGGCAGUCUACGAGCAGCCAUGGCGCCCUCCUCCGUUUCCUCCCUCUUAUGACGCCCACCCCGCGGAACCGCGUCGCACAACCAACGCUCCUCCAUCCACAUUACCUCCUCACGGGUAUCCGGUGAUUCCCAAUCGAGAGCUACCGCAGCUUCCACCAGAUGGCCCUUAUAGCCGACAAGGCAGUCUGCCUGGCCCGGCGCAUACCCCCCCGGAGGCUCCAACCCCCCAUCCAAACUUUCGCCCCAUGAACGGAACCCCUCAUGAAGCAGUUGCCCACUCGGCGCCUCCCGACUACCGACCGCGGAUGUCUUUUCCACCCCAAGAGUCCCACAGCAAUGGGGACCCUCUACCCCCCCCGCACUCAUUACCCCCGUCCCAGUACUCCACUCCCGUUCCGCCUAUGUCGCAUACUCCUACGCCGUACGAUUCAAGCUAUUACGGAAAUCAGAACUUUGGGAUCCGUCAACGGAAGGCCGCUCGAGCGCAACAGGCCUGUGAUCAAUGUCGAACGAGGAAGGCCAAAUGCGAUGAAGGCCGGCCCGCUUGUAGCCAUUGCAAGGAAAACAAUUUGAUAUGUGUUUACAAAGAAGUUCCCCCUCACAAGCAAGAAAAGGCAACCCAGCUUCUCUUGGACCGCAUUUCCCAAUUAGAAGAUGGGCUGAACGAGAAACUUGAGCGAAUCUCUACUCUUCAGGUGGAGCACUCCAACCGAAUCUCUCAGAUGUCUACAUAUCCUCGGCUGAAAGAGUCCAAGGUCGUAAACAGCAAAGAGCCAGAGAAGCAAGCGCUUCCCCGGUCACAAAAGGCGGACAUCUCCGAUAUUUUACAAAAGACGGAAACCAAGGAAGAAGACAUGAACGCGAUCGUGGGCGAGGAGUUGGAAAGGGUCGAGGGGGAAGGGCUUCCGCAAGGUGAAGACGGUGACCUUUCGAUACCAGUGGAGCAUACCACUGCGGCGCACAAGCUGCUCUCGUGGGGGUCUAUCAAGACCCUUCUUGAACCGAGAGAGUAUGACGAUGAUUACGUUAUGAAGCUGGAAGAGGAGCGGGGAUUGAUCCUUGUCUACGGCCGCGGCGAAGGCCAUGACACUAGCGAGAGCCCAGCCAUGGCAUUCCAUGCUUCAUCUCACCCCCACUGGGACCAGUCUUACCCCAACGAUGCCUCUCCUAGCGGCCAAUGGAAUUCCAGCGCAAACCAAAACGGCACCCAUCUCAAAGUGCUGCGACCUAGCAUCGAUGAUUUUGGCAUGUUCAGCACAGACCCAGAGACCGUUCGUCACUACCACAAGAGCUAUUUGAAUCACAUGCAUAAGCUUCAUCCAUUUCUCAACCAAACCGAACUGAUCGGAAGGAUCGAAGCAUUCAUCCAGAAAUAUUGCCCACAGCCAACCGCCUCGAAUAACACCAACCCCGCGGACCUGCCACGGGGUGCGAAAAGGAAGCGUUCCUGCGAAGUGCUACAAGGUGCAGGAUGCGACAUGCAAUACCCUCCUGGUGCCAAACCCGACCGCCUCAGCCCCACUCCGCGUGUUGAGAAAUCGCUCGAAAAUGCCAUUAUUCUCUUGGUGCUCGCACUUGGUAGUAUCUGCGACAUCCGGGGUGCUAUCCCGGGCCCAGUUACUGACAUACCGGUGGACUUCCGGAAGGAGCGGAUCCCUGGACCCUCCACACGCAGUAUGCUUUCACCGGCGGAUACUGAAUCGCUUCUUCAGUCGCAGGGGAGCAUGUUUUCUCAAGGAAACCCUCAUUCUUUCUCAUCAGCAGACGGUCAGAAUACUGGUUUUGAUCGGUCCUCAUUUCCGGACAAUCGCCAUUUAAGAAAUGUAGAUGUCAUUCCUGGUUUGGCAUAUUAUGCGUAUGCUGCACAGAUUCUCGGGAGUCUACAAGGCGCAAAUGGGCUGUAUCAUGUUCAGGCAUCCUUGCUAGCAGGCCUUUACGCAGGACAAUUAGCGCAUCCUUUUCAGAGUCAUGGAUGGAUUUAUCAAGCGGCCAGAUCGUGCCAAGUGCUUGUUCGAUCGAAACGGUACGAACAGAUGAACGAUGGCCCUCUCAAAGACCUGUAUGAUUUCGCAUAUUGGACCUGCCUCCAAUUAGAGAGCGAUAUUCUUGCCGAACUUGAUCUCCCGGCCAGCGGUAUAUCUCGCUCGGAAGCGCGCAUUGCCUUGCCUAAGGGUCGGACUCUUUCUUUGCCAAACGAUGUUAUGGCUCCAACUACCAUGAUGAUGUUCUUCUAUUCCGCUCAGAUCCACCUGAGAAAGGUUCUCAACCGUGUCCAUACUGACUUGUACAAAGUUGAAAAACAAGGUAACAACGACAAAUGGUCUCCAAGCGUGCAAGAGAUUCUGAGCAUGAAUCUCGAGCUAUGGAGAAGUAGUUUGCCUGAGGUGAUGAAGUGGAAGGACACGGAUCCUCCACAUGAUGACAUUAACGUGGCUCGGAUGCGAGCUAAAUACUAUGGCGCGCGGUAUAUCAUCCAUCGACCGCUCCUUUACCAUGCGCUGCAUUUGAACAUUAGCGGCGAAAGUGGUCGAUCGGCGUCGGUAGACUCACCUACGGAAUCUGCGAUGUCGGGCCCGAGAUCACAACAAGUUUCCCCUUCACUACCGCACAGCCAACGGGCCAUUGCUAUGGGGCGAUUGUCAAGUGAUGCUGGUCCAAUGGCUCGAAGCGCUCCCACCCCAACCCCGACUCCGGGAGGCGCAACAUGGGCCCCCUUCGCAUAUCGCGAUCUCAACCCAAAGCUGCGAAGAGCGUGCAAAGUAUGCAUAGACUCCGCCAUCUUGAGCACCGAGGCUUUUGAUGGCAUUGAUGGUCGACCGGUGGUGACUAACAUCUUUGGAACAGCCCACGCGCAAUUCGGUAAUAUGCUGGUCUUAUCGGCUACUUACAUGUCUAGUCUCUCCGAGCUGGUUGAUCGGAAUGACCUCGAGCGAUUGCUCAAGCGGACCAUCCGCUUCCUCCUCCAAAGCCGCGAGAUCUCACCCAGUUUACGUGCCGACGCGAAAAUUCUCAGCGAGAUCUAUGAGAAAAUAUUUGGAGAGCCCGCGGGCAUUCUUGCUCAUUACGAUUAG